AUGAUGCUGAGACGUUUAUUGUGUUUUCUGGCUUUGUUACUAAGCUUUACCUCCGUCUAUGUCAUGGCUGAAGAUCCUGGAAAGGCACUUGCUACUACUUUAGAUCCUUCUACUGGUCUACCAACACAGCCUCUUGAUUCAAAUGAAGCACUUCGUGUUAGUGGUGCUUUGGUUAGAUCUGAACCUUCCGACGUGGAUCGGGAAGACGGCGCUGAAACGAGGGAUGUUAAGAAUAGUAAGGCUGAAGAUCUGGUAGAAAAAGAGGCUCAUCCACAGUUAAAAGAUUCAGACAGAGGUAAACACAAUACUGAUCAGCUUGCAGGUUCGAAGGGUGAUGUCGGUCUCCAGCAACCACCACAGGGGGAUCACCAAGAUCAUGAUGGUCGACAACAGCCAAGAGAGACCCACAUUGGUACGGCGUCUACUUCAUCAUCUUCUUCUUCAUCCGGAGGAGAAAAUUCCGACUUGCCUAGUUCUCCAGAGCGAACUGGUUCACCACUUGCUAAUCAGGGAGAACGUCCUGAUGAUAAUAGUUUGUCUCAGACGGAAGAGAAGAGAGAAAAAGAUGGUCAAAAGGGAAAUCUUUCAACUGAUAAAGGGAAUGAACAGCAGUCAUCAGGUCAAACUGAUUUAAGUCCAUCACCUUCUAGUAAACCCCAUGUUACUUCAGAAGACACACAAACACUAGUGAGCUCAGAAGAAUCCCAACCUGAACACGUUUCGACUAACCGACAGAACCCACAGGACACACAAACAACAGGGCCACAAACUACUAACGGGCAAGACACUUCUGCUCCCGGUGAUUCAGCCACAGAAAACACGCAUAAUAAUCAGUCUGAGAGUAACGCUACUGUUGAAGAACCUGCAGCAGGUGAAGCGACAAAUGGCGAGUCUGCUAAUACUGUUACUGACACCACUACUACCACCACCACCACAACAACAACACUUCCUCCUGAACUCACAAACAACAAGAAGGGUGAUGCAGACAGCAGCAGCAGUAUC